AUGCUCCCCGUUGCGACCAACAAGUUCCCCUUCCGGGACGUCAACCUCAGAGUCACCAAUGACGCCUACACGUUUACCUCGCCUUCAUCCCCAGAUGCCCUCGCAUUGGUCAUUGAUCGUCCCACAGGCGACAUCCGUCUGGGUGAUGCGAAUCCGCACGCUGCCAAGAGGGCUACCCGCGUUUCCAGCAUUGCCGGCAUCCUGGGCAUGAUUCAGCUGCGACUCGACAGGUAUGUCAUCAUCAUCAACAAAACCCUACCGGUUGGCCGCCUCAAGGGCCACAUGGUGUACAAGCUCGUCUCUGCCCAAGUCCUUCCCAUGCGCGAGCGUCAGAUCCACGACCCCGACGAGGAUACCUUUAUCGGCCUCCUCAGCAGCUUUCUCCAACGCAGCCCCAUGUACUUUUCAUACUCGAUUGACUUGACCAACUCGUUCCAACGCCAGUCGCAAGCCGACAAUUCCAGCCCGCUGUGGAUGCGGGCCGACGAUCGGUUCUUCUUCAACAAGCACCUUCAGUCGGACCUGAUAGACUUUCGUAACCGCGGCUCCAGGAGCCAGCCAGGGAGACAGACGGCUAUCGAUCCUUACAUCCUGCCGUGCAUCUUCGGCAUGCUCGAGAUCAAGCCGACCACGUUCAAGAACACUCCCGUCACCCUCGUCCUCAUCUCUCGUCGAUCUCGAUACCGUGUGGGCACGAGAUUCUUCACUCGCGGCGUCGAUGAACAAGGCCACGUCGCCAACUACAACGAGACGGAGCAAGUCCUCAUUGUCAACGACAGAAGCUCCGGCUUGGGUGGCUAUGCCGGCAGCACCGACAUGCAGAGUGGCAAGCUCGGCGGCGGCGGGCCAGGUCAGGAGAUGCAAAUCAUGUCAUACGUUCAGACCCGGGGCAGUGUGCCCACCUACUGGGCAGAGAUCAACACCCUGCAGUACACGCCCAAGCUGCAGGUGCGCAGCACCGAGUCGGCUCUCGCAGCCUCCCAGAAGCACUUCGACGAGCAGAUCCGCAUCUACGGCGACAACUACCUCAUCAACCUGGUAAACUCCAAGGGCCGAGAAUGCAAAGUCAAGGAGUCUUACGAGCAAAUGUUCCGCGCCCUGGCCUCGUCGCCCAAGGAACGCCGGGAAGGCGAUCGCCUGACGGACGAAAAGUUCACCACCCUCCAGCCCGGCUCCCGGAACCAGCAAUUCGACCGGCUCCACUACGUCUACUUUGACUACCACACCGAGACCAAGGGCAUGAGGAUGGACAGGGCCUACGCCUUGACCGACAAGCUCGACGAGGAACUCUCGGCCCAGGGCUACUUCCGCGGUGUCGACAUGCCCGGCAGCCUGGACGGCAAGAUGGACGCUCGGAGCCUCCAGUCCAGCGUCAUGCGCACCAACUGCAUGGACUGCCUGGACAGGACAAACGUGGUCCAGAGCAUCUUUGCCCGCUACACGCUCAACCGCAUCUUUGAAGACCUGGGCCUCAUGCAGCGGGGCUCCCAGUUCCGCGACGAAGACCCUGCCUUCGAGUACAUCUUCCGAAACAUGUGGGCCGACAAUGCCGACGUCGUCUCCGGCGCCUACUCGGGCACGGGGGCCAUGAAGACGGACGUCACCCGCACGGGGAAGCGCACCAACGUCGGGGCUCUCCAAGACGGCCGCAUCGGCAUCACGCGCUACCUUCUCAACAACUUUCGCGACGGGCCUCGGCAGGACUCGUACGACUUGUUCCUUGGCGCGUACGACCCUGGCGCCACCAGCAUCGGCACGGGCCGCAUCUUUGUCGACAAGCGACCCAUUCUCAUCCAGUCGAUUCCGUACCUGCUGGCCUUUAGCGUCUUCAUCGUCUUUUUGGGUCUCGUGACCAAGCGCGCCCCGGAUGCCAAGGUUCUGCCCAUGCGUCUGUUUCUCCUGUUUUGGAGCGCAGUCGCAGCCUGGUGUCUUGUCUUUGUCCGGACCCACGGCAUGCUCUACGUCAACUGGCCGCGGUUGAAUCCCCGCCCCUUUGCGGUAGACGGCUACAGCGAGCACUACUCCAAGGCGAGUAAAGACCCGGUCAUUGGCGGCCUCGUUGCUCGGCACGAGAGGGGACUCAGCACGGCGAGAUAUCUAAAUGCCGAAGAGGGCAAGAAGAGAAUCGAAUAG